AUGAGUUGUACGGAAAAUGAAAGCGGACCUUUUGUGGUGUUCUUCUUACCAGCGGUCGUUGGGUGCCUGACCAUACUCCUGGCACGUCGCUGGGCGAACUCCCCAGUGAGCAAUACUUCGUCUACGGCCGUCUCCAGACGGCGAAAGAUUAUUAAAGACCCGCUUAUCAAGCGGCCUCUGCCGCCGAUAGCUUAUAAAAUGAUGCCACCUGGAUCUAAAAAAGCUACUGGAGUUAAUAAAAAGGGAGCAUUCCCAGCUCCAGAGGAAGAGAUGAAUGGUGGUGGAAAACGGGUGGGACGCAUCACACGUCUAGCAUCUACUCCUCUACCUUCAGUAAAUCUCUCUGACAUUAAGUUAGCAGAUGGGCCUAUUGCCCCCAAACACAUCCCGUUUCCUUAUAUACCACAAGAUGGAACUCUUUUGUUCGAAGCUAUGUCGUUUGUCUUUACUUUAAUUGCUACUGGACUGCAGUUUCUUAAUUUGUAUAGAACAGCUUGGUGGUUGCCACAUUCAUAUACAAAUCAAGCUAUGAACUUCUACUUGAUAGACCCUCAUCUAGUGGCAUUCAUAGUGACGAUAAUAUUCAGGAAACUUCUACUAAGUAUUGGUUUGGUUGUGCUGAGAGCUGUUCUUGCACCCAAGAUGAUGCCUCACGCUACGGUUGCUGCCAGAAUGUUUGUGCUGGGUUUGGUUCUUGGAGCUCUUGCUUGGUGUACAUACUUCAUUGUUCUCAAAUAUCCUGUAAUGAAGAUAUUCUAUUUGUGCUAUCCAGCAGUAAUAUACUUCCUUCUCUUCGGUUUCCAGUCCAGUCCCUUCCUAGAACUGAACAACAGUGAGCCACCGCUGCACUGUUGCUCUCAUGACGCUGCCCAAGUCAGGGCAGAGGUGGACGCGCUCCGGCAAGACUUUAACGUUCGCAUGAAGAAAAUCAUAUUCAAUUCUGUAGUUGGAGCAUACUACUCAAGUUUUAUACCGUGUUGUUUUGCACAGCCGUACCUGUACUACGACGUGUACGCGGCGUCACAGCAGACCGCGUUCGUGUGGGCGGGGCUGUUCGCGCGGCACGUGGCGCAGCUCGUGGGCGCGCCCUACUGCGACGUGCCGCACCGCGCCGCUCUGCACCUCGGCCGCUGGCGCCGCGACGCCGCCAGCUCAGAUAGUUGCGAGGCCGUUCCUUGGUGCCCAGAGCGGGUGUGGUCCUUCGGCUCUAAAGUGACGUUAGACUCUCGUACUUAUAUCGCAGUAUCUCCCGCCGUCGCGGCGAACCCCGCCUCGGUAGCACACUCGCGAUUCUAUACGGUGUUCGUAAAUCCAUCGCUGUUAUUGUGUGGAAUGCUAUGUCUUCAACUUUCCCUGAUAGUGCUUCAACUGUGUUUACUGUUUAGUUCAAUACAGUGGCACAACUUCAUGUCAAUAGUUAUACUACUAUUCAUCAAUUACUACACACUAUUCAAGAUGGUGCGGGACUAUCUCGUAGCGUGGAAAGUCUACAAAGCAGAAAAUAUGCUACAAGACAAAAAUGGCCCAGUACAAUCUGUUGCUAAUUGA